UGCCUCGCUCACCCACUAAUCAAAUUUGCUUUCCUGUCGAAUUCGUUCACUCACAAGUAGCCCACUCCACUCGCUGACAACAAAGCUUUCCUUCCACCAGAUUUCCCCACGAAUCUAUUCACUCAGAACGACCGCACAGCUCUCACGCACAAUGGCCGGCUCAAGGUUCCUUCCUCUCCUCGGGCUGCUGUGCAUCGCGCUGUGCUUCGCCUCCGCGCACGCACAGGUGAAGCCCACCAAGGCGCAGAUUAAAGCGGAGCUACAGAACAUGGCGAACGCCAUCACGAAGAAGUUUCCGAAAUACUCGAAAUAUGCCAAAGACAUCAACAAGUACAUCGGCCUCGCACUGAACUCCAAGUACGAUUUCACAGCGCUCAGCGACGCGACGCUCCUGCUCCCCAGCGACACGGAGGCGGAAGCCCUCGCUAAGAAGGUCCCCGUUAAGAGCUCUAACAUUCCCAAGAUCUACAACAUCACGGCGUACCACAUUAUCCGCAAGAAGUACACCGUUCCCGCGCUCAAGGUUCUCAAGAAGUCGCAGCCGUUGGCCACGCAGCUGAAGCAGGCGAUGUACAAGGUUUCGCAGCAGAAUGGUAACAUUGUUUCCUUCGCCAAGACUCCCAACGCCCCCCCUGCCGCUUGGACGACGAUCAAGAUCAUCAGGCUGUACGCGGGGAAGUACUUCAUUGCUCACGGCGUGGAUAAAGUCCUGAUUCCCACGAAUACGAAGGUGUAAAUUCUUCAGGCCUGUCUGCAGAAUUACUAGAGAUCGGUUCCCAGUUGACAGUCGGUCAUGCUGCGGGUUCAACCUCUGAACUAGAGAUGACUGGAGGUCAACUAGGCACCAGGGCAGACGCUUCUCUGGUGGUUUCAUGAGGGGCAAAGUAUCCUCCUUAGGCAGCUCUUGAAAUUUCUUGACCUGAACAAUGGUUCUUUACCAACUUUUCGAGAGAGCAUUUGAUGUAAUACUAUUAUUACACAAUGUUUCAUGCCAAAGAGCCCUGUAUUCACCUCAUAUACA